UCACUGAACAAUUAUGAUGGCUCAUGUUCCAGUUUGCUUAGAGAAAUCCUGCAUGUAACUAUAGAGGUAAACUAUGGCUGACAUGGACUUCUUUGACGGGCAACAGUAAUUUUUUGGUAAUCUUCACAAACUAGUAGCUAUUGGCAAAUUGUAUGUACAGAUUUAUUGGAAGUUCGAAAUUUACUUAAGUUGGAACCUCUUUGCACAGCUUACUAUCCCAGUUAACAUUAGACAGUAGUCACUGAUAACUUUCUCUUCAAUAUCAAUUUCACUUCAACAAAAAGAAAAAAUGAAAGCAUAUGUCAAUUUUUUUUUUAAUAUAUCACGUGACCUUAGCCUCCGCUGGAAUGAAUAGAGACGGAUUUCCACGUCAUCUUACGUCUCAAAAUUUCUUCCUCUCGGAUAGCCCUACAACGCGUGUAAGAGACACACGCUCAUGAGAGCUAUGUUGUGGGCGUUGCGUAUGGGUCUCGCGAGCCCAAGCUAGAAGCUGCACAGUUUUAAUGAUGGAUUUUGACGAGAGGGUUUCCGUUGGCUCAAACAUGUAUCUGCCCAGCUGCACGUAUUACGUUCCAGGGGCUGAUUUCUCCACGUUGCCCUCUUUCCUAUCCCAAAAUCCAUCUUCUCGUCCCGUUUCCUAUUCGUACUCAUCUAACCUGCCUCAGGUACAGCAUGUGAGGGAGGUUACAUUCCGAGACUAUGCUAUUGACGCGUCCGGUAAAUGGCCUCACCGGGGUCCACUGGCUCAGUGUUAUUCAUCGGAGGAUAUAGUACACAGGGAUUGUUUACCAGCGCCGACGAGUGUUGGUGAAAUGUUCCCCAAGAACAGCUCAUCAGCCUAUUUUCACUCUGCAUCGAACUCGACCUCCGCAUCCAGCUUCUACGGCGGUGUUGGAAGAAACGGGGUGCUGCCUCAAGCAUUUGAUCAGUUUUUUGACACGUAUUGGGGCUCGGAUUGUACAGUGAGCAGCGAAUAUGCAGCGAGAGAUAAACAGCACUCCAGCAAGUACCCAACGCCAGCGCCCGCACCCGAGCAGGAGUCUGAAGGAAAGGAGCGGCAGGAGACCAGUACCCCUGAAUUUUCUUCCGGCAACAACGAGGAAAAGACUAGCGGAGGACCCAGGGUUCGCAAGAAGAGAUGCCCGUAUACUAAAUUUCAAAUUCGAGAGCUUGAGAGGGAGUUCUUCUUUAGCGUGUACAUCAACAAAGAGAAACGACUUCAGCUCUCACGGAUGCUUAACCUCACCGAUCGCCAAGUGAAAAUUUGGUUCCAGAACCGGCGCAUGAAGGAAAAGAAACUCAAUCGGGACCGAUUACAAUACUAUACGAACCCUCUGCUCUAGGACAAGGAAAUAACUUAUACAACAGUUGCAAUAAUGAUAUCAACAAUGAGACGUUACAGAUUCUCAGCGGUUAAUUUCAAGGCACCAUUCACCUUUACUUGAAUACAAUUACAGAGAUCAUAGUGCAUCAUCAGUUUCCAUCAUUUAAGUAUGGGUUGUUCUGUGCCCAUAUAUACAGUAUAUAUAAACGUGAUUUUCUAUACCAUUUAUUGCGAACAGAAAUUUUGUUUUUUUGAAAGUACUUUUCUGCUUGCAUUUGUGGUGGACUAUACGCGCAAAGACUGCUUGCAACUGUCUGAAAUAUUUGGGUCUAAUCAAGGCUUGGCUUUUUUUAGCUACUCACUAAGUGUGUAGAGGAAUGUAUGGUGUGUUGUACAGUUGGGCCUAAUGACUUUGGUGUGACCAAACAGAAGAAAAACUGCAAGAAUGUUAGCGUUACUGCUCCCAGCUCAUAAGUAUUUAUUGAUUUGCAACCAGAUGAAAUGUGCUCCGUUGUUAUAGUAAAGGUGUUAUGUUACACUUUCUGCUAGUGUUCUAACACUCGGUUGUCUCUAAGAAAUGAAAGCGACUUAUUACGUGCCAGUGUGAACUGAUAAUAUUUUAGUCAUCUAAAGUUACCCCUCAAUGCAAACUGUGAACACAGAAAUGCAACAGACGCCAACUCAACAAAGACUGAUCGAACGUAGAAAAUGCGAACCCUCCGAAUCUCACCCGAAAGUCAUAAACAGCGUUUCUGGACUCGCAUUAUCCAAGAAGUGGCCUCCUGCAGGCUCAUUAUAAGACAUUAAAGCAUUUUCACUCAAAAAUGAAAUAUGUUUCAUGCUGAACCUAUGUGUAGCCUACAUGUGGUACUCUGUAGCCUACUGA